UGUGAAUCUGAGCUUGACGAUGAAUUGGCUUCUUCGGAUAAGAAGGAUCUUAGUAAAGGGUUCCAGAGGCCCCGUUGGUCGGAUGAAGAUUAUCUUUCGGCAGAAAAAAUAUUAUCCUCUGGACCAAUCUGGUUUCCUGCGAAGAGAGCAGGAAUAGUACGAUGUGAUGCACUGAUUGUCAAUGCGAAUCCUGAGUCCGAAGAUUCAAUAGCGGUGUAUUUUCCGAGCACUGAUGACGAAGACGACCGGCGGUCAUACAUGGCUCUCUUUGACGGUCAUAACGGACCAGCAAUGAGCGACUUUCUAUGCGACCAUCUGGUCGAAUAUGUCGCGAGCGCUAUAUCAAAACUUCCCCAGCAAUACGAGCUGUCUGGCUAUCUUGAAAUGCACAAUAGUGAUGAGAGCAACUCCUCUGCAAUCCCUGCAGACGAUGUUAUCUCUGACACAAUCAAGCACGCGUUCAAGGAAGUCGACGACGCCAUGAUCGAUGUUUCCGACGUCUUAUCCUCUACUUCCAAAACCAACGCCAUCCGUACCCUUCGCCACGCCCAUUCCGGUUCCUGUGCACUCAUGUCCAUAUAUGAUACCGAUACUCAGAUUCUACGUGUCGCCCUUACAGGCGACUCUCGUGCUGUGCUCGGGCGCAAAGUACUAUCUAAGGAUGGCAAGACAAAUGGCUACCAAGUCCAUGUACUUUCUCAAGACCAAAACGCACAUAAUCCUAAGGAAAUUGUGCGUUUGGAAACAGAACACCCUGGUGAAGAGGUCGUGAAAAACGGACGCGUGAUGGGCUGGGGUAUGGCUCGUGCAUUUGGAGAUGCAGCAUACAAAUGGAGCGUCGAUAUUCAGGAGAAGUUGUACGAGAAGUAUCUCGGCGAUAGGGUACGCUCAAACAUGAAAACUCCGCCUUAUCUUACCGCCGAACCCGAAAUAACCUCCAUCCGAAUCCAAAAAGGUGACUUCCUCAUCAUGGCAUCUGACGGUCUCUGGGACUGUCUCACGAGCGAAGAGGCCGUAGGCCUCGUCGGCCUCUGGCUCGCUAAUAAUUCUCACUCCGUCUACACCGAUUCCCCUGUCAAAGAUUUUGCUAGGAAACGACUUAAGGACGAAACAAUCUACACACGCGACGAGCUGCCAUUGAAAGCCCCACUGAAAAAGGAGAACGAUGAAAGUGACAAGACGCCGUAUUACCCGUGGUGGCAUGUUGCGAAACGGUUCGUGAAUAGGGACAGUAGUGCUGCAGCUCAUCUUACGAGGAACGCUCUUGGAGGAGCGGAUACUGAUUUAACGGAGGCGUUGAUUAGUUUGGCGCAUCCUCGUGCUAGGAAAUAUAGAGACGAUGUUGGAGUUCUCGUGGCCUUCUUUUGAACAAUCAAUCUAACCUGCAAUAGUGAUAUCCACUUUUCAACCUUCUCAAAGUAGAAACUUUUCGGAUUCAAAUUGCUCGGUUGGGCUGUGUUCACAACUCAACUCACACGAGUGGAGGUUAGAACGAGAUUUUGCUGGAAUUC